CCAGCUCUGAAGUCGCCACACGAGCUCGAGCCGGCGACGGUACAAAAUGCAUUGGACGAGCCAGAGGCCGCAGAGCCAGAAGCCACAGAGCCAGAAGAUGCAGAGCCAGAAGCCGCAGAGCCAAAAGACGCAGAGUCUGAAGCCGCAGAGCCAGAAGCCGCAGCAGCAACGACCGAACCCACAACGGUGGCCAACGCUGAGCCCACGACAGAGGCCGACGCUUCGAUGUACAGUGUCGAAGCAGUCGACGAGAUGGAACUGAUGGUUGUCGACCCCGCGCCCAUUGAACGCGCGCUGACGGCCUGCACAACGUCGCUCCAAGCCAUGGUCCGUGCCAACUAUACGGAGGAGACCCAGUCGGCGGCUGCGGACGCCUGCGACGCUGCGCUCGUCGCGUCGUCGCCGUCGCCGCCGCACCACCAAGAGGCGUGGACGCGGCAAGGCGAUCGGAAAAACUUGGUGCGCGACUUUGUGGGUGCGCAAACCGAUUAUACGCAUGCGUGGUCGGUGUUUCCAUCGACCACAUCGCUGUCGCUGCCGCUCAAGCUCACGUCGACGCGCUGGUUGGUUCUGUACCUCGAUCGGCAGGUGGAGGAGCUGCGGGACGAGUGCGAAGCGUACCCGAGUGCGCCCGCCUCGCUGCCGCAGCUACAGCACAUUGCGCGCUCCUGGCUCCAAGUGCUUGACGCCGAUGCGAGCGAAAAGAAAGCUGGUGGCAAAGCGACCUGCGCACAAACGCGCUCAUCGAAACUCGCAAAAUGAUCUUGCUGCGAUAAGGCGACGACACGUCAUGUCCAUAUCCCGCGUCCGUAUACGUGACGAAUAGAGUGUCCUUUUCAUAUUGUA